AUGGAGAACACCAGAUUGACGGCCGAAGACCACGGCUUACCAUGCGACUCUGUCAACGAGUCGAACGACCAAACGGUGCUUCUCAUACACGGCACGUUCGGCUCUCGCGAUGACUGGGACCUUGUGAUACCGCAUUUAACGACGUACCACCUUUUGAUACCCGACUUGCCAUCGCAUGGCGAAGCGCAACAUCUCAAGCCAUUCUCAGGAGACUAUGCUGCUGACCUGAUCGCCACGCUGAUCGCGACCAAAGCGCAUGGAUCAAGAGCGCAUGUCGUCGGUUGGAGUCUUGGUGCAAGUAUUGCUAUCUCCCUAGCAUCGCGCCAUCCUACUGUUGUCGACUCCAUGAUCAUGACAGGAUAUGGCAGACUGCCGCGGACUCGGUUCACGCCCUAUCUUGCAUACGCUCUCUGGACAGAGCAACGCAUCGAGAGCAUGAUGCCACGAUCUGUGAUUCGCUGGCUCACAGAUGGUGCUGACCUGAAGCCUGCUGAUACCAAGGUCAUGACCAUUGAACUGAACAAACAAAUCUUCGUCGAUGGACUGUCGGACGAUGCAUGGCCAUCGCCGUGGCCUGCGAAGACUUUGAUCAUCGCUGCCACCAAGCGAGGCAUUAUGCCGACUGAUGACAACGCGGACAUAGCCAGAAAAUUGGCAGCUAUCGGGUCGCAGAAGAACAAGGAAACCUCCGCUGUCGCGCAUCCGGGUAUCCCUUUGCAAACUCGUCCACAAAUCUACUUUGCGUUAAACCAGCAUAUUCAGCCUCACUAUACCUGUUCGAGGUAUAAGGACGCAGCUGGCAGGGAACAAGCUGACUUUGGAGAAACUCUGACCGAGAGCAGGUGCAAAGGGAUGCGACAUCCAUGGCCAAGGCAGUCGCCUGUUUUGUUCGCUGAAACAGUGAGAUGUUUCUUGGCUGAGCGGGAUUUGCCAGGGGGGUUCCAACAACUUUGA